UUAUUUAAAACAGGUGUGUUACUCACCUGGGAGUGGUCGUUAGAUGAUUAGGUCACGCACGGUGGCUGUUAAAGAAACGAGACGAGUGGCAGUGAGAAAGAAAAGUGGAACAGACUCCACCCAGAAACGAGAGCCAGCCGACGCCAUAAAAAUGAGCGGUUCCCACCCCCGGCUCCACCAGAGCGCCGCGCCCGCUCCCAACGCUCCCUCCUCCGACAAGGACGCAGAGAUGCCCGCCACGGAGAAAGACCUGGCCGAGGACGCGCCGUGGAAGAAGAUCCAGCAAAACACUUUCACUCGUUGGUGCAACGAACACCUAAAAUGCGUCAACAAGCGCCUCGGCAACUUGCAGACGGACCUGAGCGACGGUCUGCGGCUUAUCGGGCUUCUGGAGGUCCUGUCCCAGAAGAAGAUGUUCCGAAAGUACAACCAGAGGCCCACCUUCCGCCAGAUGCAGCUGGAGAAUGUGUCCGUGGCAUUGGAGUUCCUGGAUAAGGAAAACAUCAAGCUGGUGUCAAUAGACUCCAAAGCCAUCGUUGAUGGGAAUCUGAAGCUCAUCCUUGGUCUGAUCUGGACCUUGAUCCUGCAUUACUCCAUCUCUAUGCCCAUGUGGGACGAGGACGAAGAGACUGAGUCCGGCAAGCAAAAGACCCCCAAGCAGAGAUUGUUGGGAUGGAUUCAGAACAAACUGCCCGAGCUCCCCAUCACCAACUUCAACAGGGACUGGCAGACGGGUCGGGCUCUGGGAGCCCUGGUCGACAGCUGUGCUCCAGGUCUGUGCCCUGACUGGGACCAGUGGGAUCAGACCAAACCAGUGGACAAUGCCCGUGAGGCCAUGCAGCAAGCCGAUGACUGGCUGGGUAUUCCUCAGGUCAUAACCCCCGAGGAAAUCGUUGACCCGAAUGUGGAUGAGCAUUCCGUCAUGACGUACCUGUCCCAGUUCCCGAAGGCCAAACUGAAGCCUGGUGCACCACUAAGACCCAAACUCAACCCCAAGAAAGCUCGUGCUUAUGGGCCAGGAAUCGAGCCGAUCGGCAAUGUUGUGACGAAGAAAGCGGUAUUCACCGUGGAGACGAUCAGUGCAGGAAUGGGAGAAGUGCUCGUUUACGUUGAGGACCCUGCAGGACACCGAGAGGAGGCCAAAGUGACCGCCAACAACGAUAAGAAUCGCACCUACUCUGUUUACUAUGUCCCUAAAGUCACAGGCAUGCACAAGGUGACGGUGUUGUUCGCUGGACAGCAUAUCUCCAAGAGCCCCUUCGAGGUGGAGAUCGGCAUGGCUCAGGGAGACUCCAGCAAGGCCACCGCCCAGGGACCCGGUUUGGAGCCCUCUGGAAACAUUGCCAACAAGUCCACAUACUUUGACACCUACACGGCAGGUGCUGGUGUUGGUGAAGUGGAGGUUGUGAUUAUGGACCCUGCAGGGAAGAAGAACACUGUAACUUGUAAUAUCGAGGACAAGGGCAACAGUAGCUACCGCUGCACCUACAAACCAACCCAGGAGGGCCAGCACACCAUCUACGUCACCUUCGCCGGCGGUCAGAUCAGCAAAAGUCCCUUCACUGUUAACAUCGGGGAAGCUUGCAACCCCAGCCUGUGCAAAGCCAAGGGCCGUGGUCUGCAGCCCAAGGGCUUGAGAGUAAAGGAGACUGCAGACUUCAAAGUCUACACCAAAGGAGCUGGCACUGGAGAGCUCAAAGUCACCAUCAAGGGGCCGAAGGGUCUUGAGGAGCCGUGCAAGAGGAAAGAUUUGGGAGAUGGCGUGUAUGGAUUUGAGUAUUACCCCACCACUCCUGGAACAUAUUCUAUCACCAUCACCUGGGGAGGACAGCACAUCCCCCGCAGUCCCAUUGAAGUCAAGAUUGGCACAGAGGCUGGCCAGCAGAGGGUGAGGGCUUGGGGUCCGGGCCUCGAAGGCGGCGUGAUCGGCAAAUCUGCCGACUUCGUAGUGGAGGCCGUCGGAGAGAACGUUGGCACGCUGGGUUUCUCCGUGGAAGGUCCAUCUCAGGCCAAGAUCGAAUGUGACGACAAGGGUGACGGUUCUUGUGACGUGCGCUACUGGCCCACGGAGCCUGGCGAAUAUGCGGUCCAUGUGCUCUGCAACAACGAAGACAUCCAGCACUCUCCCUUCAUGGCGGAAAUUGUCAACCCGCCUGGCAAAGACUUUUACCCCGACAAGGUCAAGGCCUUUGGUCCAGGUCUCCAAAGCAGUGGCUUGGCUGUUGGUAAACCUACCGAGUUCACGGUGGAUGCCAAGCAAGGCGGGAAGGCUCCUCUGAAGAUUUUGGCCCAGGACGGAGAAGGCACUCCUCUGGAUGUUAACGUCAAAGAUAACGGCAACGGCACAUACACUUGCACUUACACGCCACGUAAACCCUUAAAGCACACUGUCAUGGUCUCCUGGGGAGGAGUCAACAUCCCUGACAGCCCUUUUAGGAUGAACGUUGGGGCAGGCUGUCAUCCAAACAAGGUCAAGGUAUCAGGACCUGGGGUGGCCAAGACUGGCCUUAAGGCCUUCGACCCGACAUACUUCACAGUCGACUGCGCUGAGGCCGGUCAAGGUGAUAUCAGCAUGGGGAUCAAGUGCGCUCCUGGUGUGGUGGGACCUGCAGAGGCCGACAUCGUCUUUGACAUUAUUCGUAACGAUAACGACACAUUCACGGUCAAAUACACCCCUCCUGGAGCAGGCAGCUACACCAUUAUGGUUUUGUUUGCUGACCAAGCUAUUCCAUUGACACCCUUCAGGGUAAAGGUGGAUCCUGCUCACGAUGCCAGUAAAGUCAAGGCCGAAGGACCAGGACUCAGCCGCAGUGGUGUUGAGCUAAACAAGCCCACUCAUUUCACAGUAAACACGAAAGGAGCAGGAAAAGCCAACCUGGACUGCAACUUCAGCGGGCCCAUCAAAGCAGAGGCUGUCAAAGACAUGGAAAUAAUCAACAACCACGACAACACGCACACCGUGAAAUACACUCCUGUGCAGCAGGGCUCUAUGGGGCUUGCUGUGACCUACGGUGGAGAUCACAUCCCAAAGAGCCCAUUCAAUGUGGCUGUGGCUCCUUCACUGGACCUCAGCAAGAUCAACGUCACAGGCCUGGGCGACCAGAUGACCGUAGGCAAAGACCAGGAGCUGAAUGUGAAGUCAAAGGGUGCCGGGGGUCAGGGCAAAGUGGCGGCCAAGGUCAUGGCCCCCUCCGGAAAGCCAGUGGCCUGCAAGGUGGAUCCCGGGCUGAGCUCAGAAAGCAGCCAAGUAAAGUUUAUCCCACGGGAAGCAGGGCCGUACCAGGUUGAACUGACCUAUGAUGGAGUCCAGAUCCCCGGAUCACCAUUCACCCCCAUAGCAUACCCUGCCACAGACCCCUCCAAGGUGCGCUGCUCUGGCCCAGGCUUGGAGCGCGCCAAGGUCGGGGAGACCGGGGAGUUCAUCGUGGACUGCACCAACGCUGGCCCGGCUGAACUGACCAUUGAGAUUAUUUCCGACAGCGGAACAGAGGCCGAAGUUCAUAUUCAGGAUAACGGCGAUGGCACUUACACCAUUACCUACAUUCCCCUCUAUCCGGGGUCCUACACGCUCACCAUCCGCUAUGGGGGCCAGGAUGUGCCCAACUUUCCGGCCCGGCUCACUGUGGAACCAGCCAUCGACGCCAGUGGAGUCCGUGUGUUUGGACCAGGAGUGGAAGGCAAAGGUAUUUUCCGCGAAGCCACCACUGACUUCACGGUGGAUGCUCGAGCUCUCACUCUGUCCGGCGGCGACCACAUCAAAACCCUCAUCAACAACCCGUCCGGCAGCCGCACAGACAGCCUGAUUACGGACCUGGGAGACGGGACCUACACCGUGGAGUACACUCCCUACGAGGAGGGCCCGCACAGCGUGGAGGUCUGCUACGAUGGCACCCCGGUGCCCAAGAGUCCGUUCCGCGUGGCCGUGACGGAAGGAUGCGAUCCCGCUCGAGUGCGCGUCCACGGUCCCGGCCUGAAGAGCGGCACCACCAACAAGCCCAACAAGUUCACAGUGGAGACACGGGGAGCGGGUACAGGUGGUCUUGGGUUGGCCAUGGAAGGUCCAUCAGAGGCCAAGAUGUCUUGCACGGAUAACAAGGACGGCAGCUGCAGUGUGGAGUACGUCCCCUAUGAGCCUGGGACGUAUAACCUCAACGUAACUUACGGAGGACAACCCAUCAGUGGAAGUCCCUUCUCGGUGCCCGUCAGUGACACGGUGGACAGUUCCAAGGUGAAAUGCCAAGGUCCAGGGCUGGGCACCAAUGUCAGGGCCAAUAUUCCUCAGGCCUUCACAGUAGACGCCUCCAAAGCUGGAGUGGCGCCGCUGCAGGUUCGCGUGCAGGGACCCAAAGGUGUGGUGGAACCUGCAGAAAUCCUGGAUAACGGCGACCAAACGCACACUGUCAACUACGUUCCUACGAGAGAGGGUCCGUAUUCCAUCAACGUCUUGUAUGCGGACGAGGAGAUCCCGCGCAGCCCUUACAAGGUCAAAGUGCUGCCCACCCACGAUGCCAGCAAAGUGCGCGCUAGUGGACCUGGUCUCAACACCACAGGUGUGCCUGCCUCUCUGCCUGUGGAGUUCACCAUCGAUGCCAAAGACGCAGGAGAGGGUCUGUUGGCAGUGCAGAUCACGGACCCAGAAGGAAAACCGAAGAAGGCCAACAUUCGCGACAACCAUGACGGGACCUACCUGGUGUCGUACGUGCCGGACAUGACGGGCAGAUACACCAUCUUGGUUAAAUACGGAGGAGACGAGAUCCCGUAUUCGCCAUAUCGAAUCCGGGCCCUACCCACAGGAGAUGCCAGCAAGUGCACCGUCACAGUCUCAAUCGGCGGUCACGGUUUAGGUGCCGGUGUCGGACCGACCAUUCAGAUCGGGGAACAGACGGUCAUCACCGUGGACGCCAAGGCUGCCGGGAAAGGCAAGGUGACCUGCAGCGUGUGUACGCCAGAAGGGGCGGAGCUGGACGUGGACGUGGUGGAGAACGAGGACGGGACCUUCGACAUCUUUUACACGGCGCCGCAGCCCGGCGAGUAUGUCAUCUGCGUCCGCUUUGGAGGCGAGCACAUCCCCAACAGUCCCUUCCAAGUCACGGCACUGGAGGGAUCUCCAUCAGACCAGCUCAUGCAGCAGAGCCAAAUGCCCCAGUACUACGCUCAACAGCCCUGGGCAACAGACAGGCCGCUGGGAGUGAACGGUCUGGAUGUGACGGGGCUCCGGCCCUUCGACCUGGUCAUCCCCUUCACCAUCCAGAAGGGAGAGAUCACAGGCGAGGUCCGGAUGCCGUCAGGCAAAGUGGCCAAACCUGACAUCACGGACAACAAGGAUGGCACCGUCACCGUCAAGUACGCGCCGGUGGAGGCUGGCCUACAUGAAAUGGACAUCAAAUAUGAUGGCAUUCACAUCCCCGGAAGUCCCCUGCAGUUUUAUGUGGACUACAUGAACAGUGGUAAUGUCAGCGCUUAUGGUCCCGGCCUCAUCCAUGGCACUGUCAACAAGCCUGCUGUCUUCACGGUCAACACGAAGGAUGCCGGAGAAGGGGGUCUGUCUCUGGCUAUUGAGGGGCCGUCCAAGGCAGACAUCAGCUGCGUGGACAACCAGGACGGGACUUGCACUGUGUCCUACCUGCCCGUCCUGCCUGGAGACUACAGCAUCCUGGUCAAAUAUAACGACAAGCACAUUCCUGGAAGUCCCUUUUCUGCAAGGAUUACUGGGGAUGACUCCAUGAGAAUGUCCCAUCUGAAGGUUGGAUCAGCCGCUGACAUUCCUCUGGACAUCGGGGAGCUCGACCUGAGCCAGCUGACGGCCUCACUCACCACGCCCUCCGGUCGCGAGGAACCUUGUCUCCUGAAGAUUCUGCGCAACGGCCACGUUGGCAUCUCAUUCGUUCCCAAGGAGAUCGGAGAGCAUCUGGUCAACAUCAAGAAGAACGGUCGCCACAUUCCGAGUAGCCCCAUCGUCGUCAUGAUCAACCAAUCGGAGAUCGGAGAUGCCAGUCGAGUUCGCGUUAGCGGGCCGGGGCUAAGCGAGGCCAAGACCUUUGAGCCUGCAGAGUUCAUCAUUGACACCCGGGAUGCAGGCUACGGUGGCCUCAGCCUGUCCAUCGAGGGACCCAGUAAGGUGGACAUCAACACCGAGGACCAGGAUGACGGCACCUGUAAGGUCACGUACUGCCCCACUGAACCCGGGAAUUACAUCAUCAACAUCAAGUUUGCUGACCAACACGUCCCAGGAAGUGCCUUCACGGUGAAGGUGACCGGUGAGGGCAGGAUGAAGGAGAGCAUCACCAGGAAGAAGCGAGCAGCGUCUGUGGCCAAUGUCGGCAGCCAAUGUGACCUCAGCCUCAAGAUCCCAGAGAUCAGCAUCGCUGAUAUGACCGCCCAGGUGACCAGCCCCUCCGGUCAGGUUCACCAGGCCGACAUCAUGGAGGGAGAGAACAACACCUAUUGCAUCCGAUUCGUCCCCACUGAGACGGGCGUGCACACGGUCUGUGUAAAAUACAACAACGUGCACGUGCCCGGCAGCCCCUUCCAGUUUACCGUCGGCCCCCUUGGAGAGGGAGGGGCACACAAGGUCCGUGCUGGAGGACCGGGAUUGGAGAGAGCGGAGGCUGGAGUGCCAGCUGAAUUCAGUAUCUGGACGAGGGAAGCCGGUGCCGGAGGGCUCAGUAUUGCCGUAGAGGGACCCAGCAAGGCGGAAAUUGCCUUUGAGGACCGUAAGGACGGCUCCAGUGGAGUGUCUUACAUUGUGCAGGAACCAGGAGACUACGAGGUGUCGAUCCGUUUCAACGACGAGCACAUCCCUGAUAGCCCCUUCAUCGUUCCCGUGGCCUCGCCUUCAGACGACGCCCGACGCCUCACUGUUGCCAGUCUUCAGGAGUCUGGCCUGAAGGUGAACCAUCCGGCAUCGUUUGCGGUCAGCCUGAACGGCGCGAAGGGAGUGAUCGACGCCAAGGUCCACAGCCCCUCAGGAGCUUUGGAGGAAUGUUGCGUGACUGAGAUUGAUGAAGAUAAAUACGCCGUGCGCUUCAUCCCGAGAGAGAACGGUCUCUAUCUGAUUGAUGUGAAGUUCAACGGCAGUCACAUUCCCGGUAGUCCCUUCAAGAUCCGUGUUGGCGAGGCGGGGCAGGCGGGAGACCCCGGCAUGGUGUCUGCGUACGGACCCGGCCUGGAAGGAGGUAGCACAGGAACGGCCUGCGAGUUUGUAGUCAACACCAGCACCGCCGGCCCCGGGGCCUUGGCGGUGACCAUCGACGGGCCCUCCAAGGUGAAGAUGGACUGUGUGGAGUGCUCUGAGGGCUACAAGGUCACAUACACGCCCAUGGCGCCUGGCAGUUACCUCAUAUCCAUCAAAUAUGGCGGACCCUACCACAUCGUGGGAAGCCCUUUCAAGGCCAAGAUCACGGGUUCCAAGCUCGUCUCCAGCCACAGUAUGCACGAGACCUCCUCCGUCAUGGUGGACCCUGUGACACGUGCCAUCAGCGCCACACAGCAGGGGGCGCCCGUCAAGUCGGAUGCCAGCAAGGUGGCGGCGAAAGGCCAGGGUCUCACCAAAGGUUUUGUUGGUCAGAAGAACAACUUCACUGUGGACUGCAGCAAAGCAGGUCGCAACAUGCUGCUGGUCGGGGUGGACGGCCCCAAAGUCCCGUGCGAGGAGAUCCUGGUCAAGCACUUGGGCAACCGCCUGUACAACGUCAGCUACCAGCUGAAGGACAAGGGCGAAUACGUCCUGGUGGUCAAGUGGGGGAACGACCACAUUCCCGGCAGCCCCUUCCACGUUUCCGUCUAAGAAAGCGACCUGCAGCUUCCACUCUUGUUGUUGUUUACAGCUCCAAGUCCAAGCACGCCACACGCAGCGCUUCUUUUUUGCACCGACUACAAAACUUUACAAAUGUCCUAAGAGCGUUCAGAACAAUUUUUCCCGCUUUACAAUCUGACAUAUUUUGACCAAGCAAAGUGUGUAGGAGAAGGCACCUUUUUUUUUUUUUUUGUACUGAUUGUAAACCAGCAUGUCAUGUUUGAAACCACUCGACUCCUUCAGAUGGCGUCAAAGUGCCUUUUUAGGGAACAAGACUACUAAUGUCUUAGUUGUAGCGCUAGCUCUUCCCUUAUAACCUGCUGAUAGUGUGGCAAUUUUUAGGCACUGCUGUUUAGAGGAGCUCGUCAAAAGCAGGAAGCUGUAGUAUGUCACCAACAUGCUCACACUGCUAAAAACAAAAAGUUAUUUCUCUGUGUCCUAUCUCUAACGUGCGCGCGCGGAUUCUCUGUAAAACACAAACACGGCGAGCGUUUGUUUCAAAAAGGGAACUUUUCUAAAACGAUGCUGGACAAAAGGGUUAAACAUGGCGUCUUUCCAAGACCGUGACCAAAAAAAAAAUACAGAUGUUGCUUUGUCUCCUUUUUGAAGCGCCUUCUAUUGCAUUCCUGUUCUUUCAGCUCUAUCUCUAUGAAUAAAAAUGCUUUAAGUGUUUGUAAGACAGUAUUUUGAUACACAAUAAACGUUGUCUAGAAGUUA